AGAGAAAUACAACUGUUGAACAGACGAUGUUGAGGUGAAUUCUAAGGACAUCCAGAUGGCUUUAUUUGUCCAACAACUUCCUGCUGGAAAGGUGAACUGACCAAAUAAAACUCAAAUCAUUAAACUCCAACGGAGGAACGUAUUUGGUUGGCGCACCGUUCAUUUUAAUCAAAGUUUUUUUUCACACUGUCGUUUAUUAGGAAUUGUGUAGCCAUGGUAACACAGCAUUUAUCAGGGGUUGAUUGAAGCAUGUGUUGUGAUGUAUCUUUUGAUACCUUGUUUAUUUGUGGGGGCGAUGUUCAACUUUAUGGGCCACAUUCGGUCGAGAAAAAUAGCACAAUUAUAAUAAUCCUAAUAACAGACGGUUCAAUUUUUCAGAUAUUUGUUGGAUCUGAAGUGCAUGUUUGACCCAGCGAUUAAAUGUGGAAAUUGGCCCGAGGGUCACAACUGUACGGCAUAUUUUUAAACAUGCACAGUGAUUUGCAGUUUCUCUUCUCACAUGAACUUAUCAGUGCAGUUUAAUUGCCGCACUUUGCACAAAACUUUCCUUCUUUUUCUUCAAACGAACAAAGGGAAGAGAGCGGCGGCACUGCUUUGACUAUCAAAUGACCGCCACAGUGCGGACUUGUGCGUGCCCACACCGUAUCGCUCGCUGGCCCUCCAGUGCUUUGCAUUGCCCUGGCGGAGAAAUCACUCUUUGUACUUUUCAAUUUUUGUUUUCUUCACUUGGCCGUCAAACUCACUAUGAGCGCUGAGGUGAGACACGCAAGUUGGAGUUUACCCAAAACAAAGAAAUUUUACAUUGCACUUCUUGAACAUAAUCUGCAUGUGUGUAUCAGUCACUGAAGUGAUGAGUUGCAUAUUUUAUUUGGGUAAUUAAUUAUGGCACUUACAAAACUCUAAAAAAUGAAAACUUGCCAACCCUGCAUGAAGAUAUUUUUUAUUCCCUUUUUCCAGUAUUGAUUGCAGACAUUGCCAUGCUUUUGUGUGUGUGUGGUUGUGCGUGUGUCUUCUUGCUCCUAUUUUGGAGGUGUGUCUCUGUGAAAGUUGCCCCCAAUCCCUCCCACGCACUGCAGGCCCUAAAGCGUUACUGUUGGAUGGAGAAGGUGUUUUUUUUGUUUUGUUUUGUUUCUUUCACUUGAGAUCAGUCAAGUUGUGGCAUCUUCGACACUUUUUAUCCAAAACCCAGUUUGACCAGUUUGACUUUGGACUCCCUCAACAGUUAUAUCUCACAAGGGUGACGGGGAGCCGAUCCCGGGUGACUUUGAGUGAAAGGCAUACCGCACCCUUGGCUGGUCGCCAUUUAAUCACAGAGCAUAAAGUAUAUUGAGAAAGACGAGCAUUCAUUCACAAUCACAUCGUUUUUGAGUGGGGGAAGUCAACCGAUUGGACAGGUCCAGGCUCUCACAUGGAGCAUUCAUUCGAGCCACCUCAAUGGGUUUCUUCCUCACUGCUGGGCUCAGAUCCUCUGCCAGCCUUCUCCUCUGAGGCCGGUCUGCUGCCCCCAGGAGACGAUGGAGAUGCCUUCUUUUCCAGCCAGGACACAGACUACACCAACCUGUCGACUUUCUUCUCCAACCAGAGUCAGAAUCGAACACCUUCCGCCUACAGGAACAGCUCGGUCCGGCAGGUGUUCACGUCCCCGAGUCUCUUCAGCAACCUCCAGCUGCUGGAUGGGCCAGCCAAUCACUCCCUGGGUUCACCCUACACUUCUCCAGACACCACGUGGAGCAGCAGCCCCCUGACAAAAAACCCACUUCCCACCUCUUUGUACACCGGAGCCUCCUCCUCAUCCUGCCUCACCCCUUCCAGGGAGAACAGGGAGAGCCCUCAGCCUCUGGAGGCCCUCAAGGCUGAGCGUAUGAGCCCGCUCGGGGGGUCCACGUCCUGCAGCGGUUUCCUAAGUCUCACUCCUGCAGUCGGGAGCAUGUACACAGCGACGUCGCAACAGCACACGCACAUGCUGACCUCUUACAGCCCAUAUAUGACGAGCCCACAGGAGUACGCCGCAGCCAACUACUACAACAGCCCCAGCGCCUGGAUAAGUCCGGGAUACUCCCCGAAACUGCGCAACAAAAUGAGAAUAUCCACACCAGAGGCUCGAGAGUGUGUCAACUGCGGAGCCACAGCGACCCCCCUUUGGCGCCGCGACGGCACGGGCCACUACCUGUGUAACGCCUGUGGACUGUACCAUAAGAUGAAUGGACAGAACAGACCUCUGAUCCGACCCAAGAAGAGACUGAUCGUCAGCAAGCGGGCGGGCACACAGUGCGCCAACUGUCACACGAGCACGACGACACUGUGGAGACGCAAUGCAAACGGGGAGCCCGUGUGUAACGCCUGCGGCCUCUACUUUAAACUCCACAAUGUCAACCGACCCCUCACAAUGAAAAAGGACGGCAUUCAAACCCGCAACAGGAAAGUGUCCAACAAGAACAAGAAGAGUAAGAAGGCAGCCCUGUUGGAGACGUUCACGGGAGGCCCCCAGCCGCAUUCCCUGGAGGACAACGGCGGGCCCUUCGGCCUGGGCCCCGCCACCCUCCUGACUUACGGCCACACCCCCCACCUCAUUCCGGGCCCGCCACCUCUGCAUGUCUCCGCUCCCUUAGCAUACCCGCACCACAGCAACCCGGGCGUGGUCACCACUUUAGUGUGAAUGGAGGCGGGAGGGGGAAGGGGGCAGUCCGGCCGGCCGGCUCACAGGGAAAAAUAUUAGCAAACUUGAUUCAACUGUCUUUUCUAUUCCUCGCGGUGUGAAGUUAUUUGUACGUGAUGCCCGUUUGUCUGAUUUAUGCAGGCAAGUCAAUAAAAUUUACUGGAUGUGUUGUGGGACCCUGAUGUUCAUGAGGCAAUUUUGGAGUCUUUUGUCAUUUAGUUGAUUAACCGCUGCGCUGACCUUUGUGUAGUUGCAAGAAUGGGGGUGCUGGGUUUGACUGCAUAAUCCUAGCAUAGCGGUUGAUGCAAAUUUCCCCAACCCGCAAAGGUGAAAACCAAGCCAAGUGCACCACUUGCAGUAUGUCCAAUUUCAGGUCUGCACCUCAUUUCAUGAAUUUUUUUUUUUUUAAUCUCUACUCUAUUGUGUGCAAGCAAGGCAUCAUGGCUCUUUAACAAUUUAUUUUUUCGUGGCAGUAGUGCGAUGUCAUGAAUUACAAAUAGUUUGUCAAUAUGUUAGUACAUUUGCCAGGUAUCCGCAUUCAGUAUUUUUCCCCCAAUGUCUUUCUACUUUUACUAUCUACAUAAGAAAACAUAUACGAGCACUUUGUCAAAGCAGGUUUGUUUGACUUUUUUUUUGUUUUAAACAUCUGCAAAUGAUAACACAACUCAAACAACAUGAAAAUAAAUAGUGGCAAAGACAUAGAUCUGUAUUGAGUUAAUGAGAUCUUGGGAAUUCAUAAUUUGGCAAAAAAAGGGACAUCAUGAUGAUGAAAAAGGCAAGCCAGGGAGCAUUUUCAAAUAUGAUGCAACUGAUAUGGAGAAGCAUGAUAUUCCCCGCCCAUGACCUUAUUUAGAGAAUUGUUCACUGUUGUUGGUU